GAGGGCGGGCGUGUUUCCGGGCGGCGCGGGAGGCUGGAGGUCGGAGUGCCGGCCCUGCUGCCGCAGCCAACAUGGAGACGCUGUACCGAGUCCCAUUCUUAGUGCUCGAAUGCCCCAACCUGAAGCUGAAGAAGCCGCCCUGGGUGCACAUGCCGUCGGCCAUGACGGUGUACGCGCUAGUGGUGGUGUCUUACUUCCUCAUUACCGGAGGAAUUAUCUAUGAUGUUAUUGUUGAACCCCCAAGUGUUGGCUCAAUGACUGAUGAACAUGGACAUCUGAGGCCAGUAGCUUUCUUGGCUUACAGAGUAAAUGGACAGUAUAUUAUGGAAGGACUUGCGUCUAGCUUCCUGUUUACAAUGGGAGGUUUAGGUUUCAUAAUCCUGGACCGAUCCAAUGCACCAAAUAUCCCCAAACUCAAUAGAUUUCUUCUUCUCUUCAUUGGCUUUGUCUGUGUCCUGCUGAGUUUCUUCAUGGCUAGAGUAUUCAUGAGAAUGAAAUUGCCGGGCUACCUGAUGGGCUAGUGCCUUUGGAGAAGUCAGUGAGUCCUGGAUUGGCUCCUGUCGAUGCAGCAUUAAAGGCUGAGCCAUUCCCUUGUGCAGUGUGGAAAAGAAUGAAGAGCAGAGGAAGAGCAGCGUCGAGUGACACCCUAGCAAGCAUCUGAAAGCUAGGACUGGAAUUCAUGGCAUCAGAGACAAAUUCAUUACAGUAUUUUUUCUGAUGACCUAUUCUGAUAUACCAACUAUGUCUAAUGGCAUUUUCUUCUUAGUUUUUUUAUUUGCUAAAGAAAAUAUACUCCAUUUCUAAAACUUUGGUAUUGAAUAAAGUGAUUAUUUUUUACAGCCCCCUUAUUAUUUUUUGGACAUGGUAUUUCUGAUUUUCAGAAAUUAAUGCAAAUCGAGAAGUAUAUCGUGAGAGCCGAGAUACUUGGACAACUGGUCAGUUCCUCCAGCGGUGCUUUGCCUUUAAAUGGUGUGUGUGGUACUCUGCCAUUUCAGACACAUAUGGGAGACUGUUUCCUAGACAAUAUGAUGUAUGGAAGGAGCAGAAAUAAAUGAUUUUUUUCUAAUUAA